AUGGCUAACUUCAAUAACCAAAACAACACCCUGACAGAUAUUGAACGACGAUCCGGUGUGUCUGUCGGGUCACGAGAUCAACUUAAUAUCUACUACCAAAAUGUCGGCGGUAUCAACUCCUGCGUCAACGAAUAUCUGCUAGCCGCCUCAUGCUCCAGCUACGAUAUUGUGACUUUCACCGAAACCUGGCUGAACGAUAGAACCCUUACCAGUCAGGUUUUUAGCUCCGACUACACAGUGUUCCGGCGUGACCGAGAUCCUCACAACAGCACUAAGUCCACCGGCGGGGGUGUUCUGAUUGUCAUCCGAUUCGGUCUUUCUGGCACUCCAAUCGACGACGAAUCAUGGAACGAUCAGGAAUUAGUGUGGAUCCGUAUCGAUCUGGAGUCGUUUUCCCGCGGCCUUUCCCGGUUGUGUUCCCUUACUGUUCCCGAGGACGACAUUCUUAUUAUUGGCGACUUCAACUUGCCCGGACUUAAAUGGUGUUUCUCCCAGUGCGGUUUUUUAUUUGCUGAUCCAGCGAGAUCUUCAUUUACUACGCCCUCUUGUUUGAUCCUCGACUCACUCAGCUCAGCAACUCUCCGACAAAUUAACAGCGUCGAGAAUGAGAAUGGUCGCUUGCUUGAUCUCUGUUUUGUUAACGACGGAUCCCAAUUGGCUACGAUUGAACUGGCUCUUGCGCCUCUGGUUAAGCUUGUUUCUCACCACCCGGCACUUCUGCUUUCGCUUGAAAUCUCUGAAGUUGUGACUCCUAUCAAGAAGCCGGCAUCCUUUUUUCUCGAUUUCAAGAACGCCGAUUUUGUCGCUAUUCCACAAACGCUUGACGCCAUCGACUGGAAUUCUGAGCUCGAAUCUUCCGAUCCAAACGCCGCUGCUAUGAAGUUCACCCAUAUCAUCAACUACAUCAUCGAUCGUCACGUACCAAAACGCUUAGCAGCCUCUGACCUACGUGCUCCCUGGGUCACGAAAGAGUUGCGACAAAUGAAAGCACUCAAGAACAAAGCCCUUCGCUACUACUUGAGGCACAAGUCUCUCCACGCCAAAAACCAGUAUCGCAAACUUAACGCAUCUUGUAAAAAAGUAUGCACGCGUUGUUACCAGGGCUACCUUAUCCGGAUUCAGCGUGGUUUUAAAACUUGGCCCAAAUCGUUUUGGCAGUACAUUAAGGACCAACGGAAAGAAUCGGGCUUACCGUCCUACAUGAUUUUGGAAGACAAAUCGGCGACCUCGGACCUUGAUAUUUGUAACCUCUUCGCUGACAAAUUCCGUAGUACUUUUGAUUCUGGUUCAAUGCCCACGGACCAGUUUACUAUGGCGGCUAGUAACGUCCCACGUCAGAGCACUUCCUUUCAUCACAUCGUAAUCGAUGACGAUACCAUCCUGAAGGCGACUGCUAAGCUGAAAUCCAGUGUUUCUGCAGGUCCGGAUGGCAUUCCAGCGACUUUUCUAAAACGCUAUAUAUCACAUAUGCUGACUCCUAUAAAACGAAUCUUCCAAUCAUCGCUCACGGAAUCCACGUUCCCUUCCAUUUGGAAAGAGGCUUACAUGUUUCCGGUCCACAAAAAAGGUGACAGGAGGAACGUUAACAAUUAUCGCGACAGUUUUGCCAAGGGAUCUCAAACCGACGUAAUCUACACCGACCUGACCGCAGCUUUCGACAAGCAAACAGGUGACACGGAAUUUGAAACACCGUAA